AUGCUGCCUGCUAACCGAAUCAUCAGACAUGCUCCUAUUUCCGAUCCGAAAGUAAGCCUUAUUUCGACCCUGGAUUCACAUUAUAAUUCAUCGAAGAAGCAGCAAUAUUUCGCAAGUAGCGUAGCUACGCUAUCGUCUGGUGUAGGCGAUGCUACAUCACUAGAUAUAUUCAUGGGAAAAGUUAGAGCAAACUGGCUUCGACGAUCUUCAGGCGCCAGCAUGUACAAUACCGAUAGUUUUGUUGAAGAAGACUCUGGGGAUGAUGAUAAAUCGGAGAACGAACCGGCUAUUGAUAAUCCUAAAUUCGCUGAUGAGCUAGCGAUAAGCGUUGCCCUCUUUUUUUCUCGUCCAAUAGCUCUCGUCGGCUUGGCCGGGCGGGUGAGCGAGACUGUCGAGACAUUUCUUAAACUCCUCAAGGCUUUUAGUAUAAUGUGUAUACGAAAAGCCUUCCGUAAUGGCAGUGUUCUAUUCCUUAUCGCUUACUCUUUUAUCGCUUGA